UUUUAGUACACCAAUGGUGUUCAUAUCGCGCUCUGAAACGGUAAUAAAACAUUUCUGUAGCUGAUUUAAUUACGCACAGGUUUGGCAAAUGAACAGUGUUGUAAACUCGACGCAAGGCUCGUGUGCAGGAGGAGGAGAGUGCGGUCCAGUCAUGACUUAUAUGAGCACAGGUUUGAGGCUAAUCUCAGAGCGCUGAUGAACCGGGUCACACUCGGUCCGGGCGUCACUUACCGUCUGUCUGCUCAGAGGAAACAUCCACCCGUCGCAAUGGCUGUCCGCGGUUGUGUGACCCUGCUCUUUAUUCUACUGAGUGGUAUUGUGCAUGCUGAAGAUCUGGUGACAUCAUCAUUACCUGCAACACAGGAGUUCAGUACAAACAAAGUCCUCUCCGGCACUUCUUCUCCAACCACCUUCAAACACUCUUCAACUGCCAGUUCUACUGCUGUGACUACAGCUCCAACCACCAGUCACACCACGACUAAAUCUACUACCGAACCUACAACUACCACUCAUCAAACCACGACUAAAUCUACUACCGAACCUACAACUACCACUCAUCAAACCACGACUAAAUCUACUACCGAACCUACAACUACCACUCAUCAAACCACGACUAAAUCUACUACAGAAUCUCCAACUACCACUCAUCAAACCACAACUAAAUCUACUACCGAACCUACAACUACCACUCCUCAAACCACGACUAAAUCUACUACCGAACCUACAACUACCACUCCUCAAACCACGACUAAAUCUACUACUGAACCUCCAACUACCCCUCAUCACAACACAACAAAUUCCACCACAGAGGCGCCAACUACUGUGCACUCGAAUGCUACAACAGCUCCAACUCCUCCUCCAACCUCUCCUCCUGUGCCAAACCCAACUGUUGGAAACUACAGCGUCAAGUCAGACAAUGCCACAGUCUGCCUUUUGGCAAAGAUGGGCCUUCAGUUUCGUUUCAGAAUGAGUGAGGAUUCCAGUUUUCAGACUCUUAAUCUUGACCCAAGUGCUAAUGUAACGGAAGUGAGUGGAACCUGUGGAAGUGGUGGCAAUGACGCUUCCCUUCUGCUGAAGUCAGAAGAAAUCACAGUUCAUUUUGUCUUCACAAAUGUUUCUCAGAAGUUCCGUCUACAUGCUUUGACGCUCUCUGUCAAGCUUGGAAAUGGAAACUUUUUCAAUGCCUCCAAUAAUAAUCUGUCUCUGUGGGAGGCAUCUGUUGGAAGCUCCUACAUGUGCAGAAAAGAGCAGAGUUACAACAUCACUGAUAAGCUUACCCUCAACACGUUCGAGCUACAAGUGCAGCCCUUUGCAGUCCAGAACAACAAGUUUAACACGGCCCAUGAAUGUUCAAUGGAUGACACCAGCCUCUUAAUCCCAAUCAUUGUUGGUGCCGCUCUGGCUGGUUUGAUUUUCAUUGUUGUGAUUGCAUACAUGAUUGGUCGACGAAGGACCUAUGUUGGAUAUCAAACACUGUAAUGCAACAAAAUCACAAUCAAAUCCUGGGUGUUUUAAGGGACACACAAGCCUGUUCCUGGACCAUUGUAAAUAUUGUGGGUUUUUGUGCAAUCUCAAUUGGCAACUGACUCAUGGCCACAGGAGUCAAAAAAUGUUUUGUCCCAAUGUGGUCAGUUAAUCCACCGGCCCUUAAACUGCAAUAUAUUGAAAAUCUAAAGCUACAGUGGCACUCCAGGACCAGAGCUUCCUAUUGUGAACUAAGUUUGUGUGUGAGCACCACAUUCAUUUUUUUGUUGGUUUUUUUUGUUUUUGUUUGUUUGUUUGUUUGUUUGUUUUUUUUCCCUUUCCUCUUUUCCCAAAUAUGUUUUGUGAAGUAAGUGCAUGGUCUCUUUGUGUUUUGGCUUAAAGCCCCACUGCAAUUACUGCUAAAGUCACAGUACAUAGCUAUUUUGUUGAAAAUAUUCUGUAUGUAAGAACAACAUAGUUCCAUAGAUCAUGGGUCGUGGCCAAUUUAAAAUUUCAGCUCUCCAUCUCAGACUCUACACUUGCUUCUUUAGACAUUCCUUUUUUUCCAUUUUGUAAUUAAUUUAGCUCUAUUAAUUUGUUCCCAUCAAAUCUAUCAUAACUGUAUCGACAGCUUUAAACUGAAACCUUUAUAUUCACCUGUCUUACAGCUUUUGAGUUAAAUAUUAAAUGUCAUUCCAGAAACAGGUUGUUACUAUGCACUAUAGUGACUGGAUGGCUAACAUUUAUUAAAAAAAAUCAGGUGUUUUUGCAUCAUGUUGGUUGUCCUGUAUUCAGAGCAGCUGUGAGGAUAAAAACAUUUAAACAUGCUGGACGGCCCGUUCAAACAAUUGAAAUUCUAGAACAGGAAAACAAAUGCUUGAAUGUUUAAAAUACAUGACAAGCAUUUUAAAAAUGCAGACCAUUGUAAUAAAUGUAGGCCUGGUGUAUCUGAGUGACACUUAGUGUAAAGCAUAAUACAAAGAAAUGCUAACUGGCAUUUAAAUGCUGUUACAAAAUAGUUUUGGCAAUGUUUGCUUACCCUUUACUGGGGAUUGAAAAGGGACAACUAUAAAUCGGCCAUCUUGUCAGCUACUCUUCAAUUUUGAAUUAUUCAAGCCUGAAUGAUACAUUCUUAUUUUUGCUAAAUGUGAAUUGUAUUUGCUGCAAGAUGAAUUUUUGCACCUGUUUGAAUUCUUUAGUAGUGGCUGUGCAACCCUUUUUUUUGUUACAUUUGAUAUGACUUGUGUUUUCAGUUGCUGUGCCUUUUCAGAAUAAGUUCUUUGCUUUCUCAUGUCUCUCUAGGUUUCACAGGGUUGUUUUUAUUUUUUUUCUUCUUUCUUCAUUUCCAGUGAAUUUUUCACUGUUUAUGCACUAUUCUAAUUUAGUCUAUGCAGCACCCACACAGAAUCAUUUGUAAAUGUUCUUCACCAUAGCAAGGACAAAUGAAACCUUCAAAACUGGUCGCUGGUCAUUUUGUGCCUUGCUUAAUGCAGUUACUUUUGCUUGCCAUCCAAUCAGAUACAUCAAUUACUUGUAAAAUAAAGAUGGAUUUCUUUCUUUUUUCCUCUGAGCAUACUUGUGUAAAAGUUUUCUGCUUGCAGACUUGUGAAAAGGGAUUCCUUAUCUGACUGCCCUAAACAUUUGAUGUUUCAUGAGAUUUGGUUGUUUCGUUUUUGCAAUGGAAUGGCUUUGUUUUAAUGGGCUUUUAGCUGCAAUAAACGGAGAAAGACAAUUGUGUAUAACAAAUAAAA